AUAAUGUUUAAAUCAAGUUUUGAAAAAAAUCUUGAAAAUGCUACAAGCCAUCUGCGUUUGGAGCCCGAAUGGCCUUCUAUUCUACUCAUUUGUGACGAGAUUAAUCAAAAGGAUGUCUCUCCCAAAAAUGCUUUUGCAGCGAUUAAGAAAAAAAUGAGUUCACCGAAUCCACAUUCGGCUUGUUAUGCGCUAUUGGUGUUGGAAAGUGUAGUAAAGAAUUGUGGCGCACCAAUGCAUGAUGAGGUUUUUACCAGGGAGAAUUGUGAAAUGUUUAGUAACUUUCUGGAGCAGACACCACAUGAAAAUGUGCGUCAGAAAAUGUUGGAAUUGGUGCAGACUUGGGCAUAUGCAUUUCGGUCAUCUGAGAAGUAUCAAUCAAUAAAGGACACCAUGACUAUACUAAAGGCUAAGGGACAUACAUUCCCCGAGCUGAAAGAAGCAGAUGCUAUGUUCACAGCGGACACUGCGCCAAUUUGGGCUGAUGGCAAAGUUUGUCAUCGCUGUCGCGACGAAUUUAACUUCACCAAUCGUAAGCACCAUUGCCGCAAUUGUGGUCAAGUAUUUUGCGGUAAAUGUUCCAGCAAACAAUGUCCACUACCUAAAUUUGGCAUUGAAAAAGAUGUGCGCGUUUGUGACGGGUGCUAUGUAAUGUUGCAACGCCCGAAUGCCAAGCCAGCAGUACGUACAGCAGCUGAGAGUGAUUUGCCAGCUGAAUAUGUCAAUAGUUCGCUUUCACAGCAAGUGCAGGUGAGUACGCCACCACGUAAAACUGAACAAGAAUUAAAAGAAGAAGAAGAACUGCAGCUAGCUUUAGCGCUGAGUCAAUCGGAGGCCGAGGAAAAGAAGAAACAACAACAACAACAUUCAUUGGCCGCUUACCGUUUGCAACAGCGUUCGCCCAGUCCCGAAGCACCGCCAGCACCCAAAGAAUAUCAGCAAGAAGAAACAAAUCCGGAUCUGGCUAAAUAUUUGAAUCGCUCUUAUUGGGAACAACGUAAAGUGAACGAAUCGCCCUUGGCAAGUCCAUCAGCACCGAGCCCAAUGCCUACGCCGCAACCGCAAGCACAACAAGCACCUACACAGCCAAAGUCAGCUGAUGAGGUGCAAAUCGACGAAUUCGCUGCGAAUAUGCGCGCACAAGUGGAUAUUUUUGUUAAUCGCAUGAAAUCGAAUUCCAGUCGUGGACGCAGCAUUUCAAAUGACUCUUCCGUGCAAACGCUCUUCAUGAAUUUAACCUCAUUGCAUUCACAGCAACUUUCCUACAUUAAAGAGAUGGAUGACAAGCGCAUGUGGUACGAACAAUUACAGGAUAAAUUGGCGCAAAUCAAAGACUCACGUGCCGCGCUUGACGUACUACGCCAGGAGCAUGUGGAAAAGUUGCGACGCAUUGCUGAAGAGCAAGAGCGUCAACGACAAAUUCAAAUGGCACAGAAAUUGGAGAUAAUGCGCAAGAAGAAGCAAGAAUAUUUGCAAUAUCAACGACAGUUAGCGCUGCAACGCAUACAAGAACAAGAACGUGAAAUGCAGUUGCGUCAAGAGCAGCAGAAAGUACAAUAUCUCAUGGGGCAGACAGCAUUCCCCUUUAUGCCGCCGGGUGUUGUUGGCGGCCCACAAGGUUCGCCGUCACAUCAAAUGAAUAAUGUCUACAAUCCUUAUGCGUUUAAUCCGAAUUCACCGGGACCAUUAAAUGCCGCCGCUGGUGGUGGUGGUGGUGCACAAUAUAAUCAAACAGGUGGUAUGAUGAAUCCAGCUGGUGGACCUAUGGCACCAGGUGCCAUACCACCAGGUAUGUAUGCAGGUCAACCGAAUCAACAACAUCCAGGUAUGAUGUUGCAGCAGGGACCAAUACCACAGCAAGGUAUGAUGCCGCCAGGUGCACCGCAGAUGGGUGACAGCGUGCCAAACAUACAAGCUCAACAACCGCCAAAUUCAGCUUUAGGACCACAACAACAACCACAACAUCCUCCGCAGUUGGCGCAUGUAAUGCUGCAACAACAAAAUGUUUUGCAAACUCAUCCACCUAUACAAAUGCCUGCACAUCAAGCACAGCAUAUACAGCAACCACCACAACAACAGCAGCAGCAACAACAGGUACCCCAACAGCAACAGCAGCCGCCACAGCAGCAACCACCACCGCAACAACAAGUGCAACAGCAACAAGCACAGAUACAAGCUGUUGCUGCCGCACCCGCACCACCACAAUCUGAACCGGAGCCACCAGCCGCCGCCGCCCCCGAAGAACCCGCUACGGCGGAGUUAAUAAGUUUUGAUUAAUCUUACUCACCUACUAAA